UAAAUAGGAUUAAUUUAGUAAUUUUCCAGAAGGAUUUAUUAAAUCUUUAAUUAGAAUUAACUAAUCAUACUAGCUUAAUUAAGAUUAGAAUAGACAUACCAGAUUACUGUGCCUCAUGACAUAUAGUUGCAGAGUUGUAGCUGUAUCGAGAGAGAUAGACAUAUAGAAUGAACAUUAUAGUCAGCAGCUCCUCAUUUAGUUAGGCAGAUAUUAAUUAAUUGUACUUGCCACUAUUAAUCCAUAAAGGACUAUUUAACUGAAUUUACUUAAGAGACAAACAAAAAAAAGCAUUCACCUUCUCAUAAAGCUAAGAAAUGGAUGAAACUAAGCUGCAUCCAUUCAUAUUUCCUGUUCUUAUAUCAUUACUCCUGCUAUGGUUGGUUACAAAACGUGUCUCUGGAAACAAAAACUUACCACCAUCGCCACGAAAGUUGCCAAUACUCGGAAAUCUGCACCAGUUGGGUUUCUUGCCUCACCGGAAUCUCCAAUCACUGGCCGUAAAACACGGGCCAUUUAUGCUUCUUCACUUCGGCAGUGUUCCUGUGCUGAUUGCGUCGACAGCGGAUGCAGCCCGCGAUGCCCUGAAGACGCAUGAUCUGACUUUCGCAAGCAGGCCGCAGCUUUUCAGGGCCGUCAAGAAAUUCAUUCGCGAUGGUAGGAAUGUAGGAUUCGCCCCUUAUGGAGAAUACUGGAGGCAGAUGAGGGGCAUAUCUGUUAUCCACCUGCUCAGUAGCAAAAGGGUUCAAUCUUUCCGUUUCAUCAGGGAGGAAGAAACAACCGCUUUCAUGCAAAGGAUUAGAGAGUCUUCGGGGCCUGUUGAUUUCAGUAGCAUGGUUUCUGAGUUCACCAACGAUGUCAUCUGUAGGUCAACUUUUGGCCGGAAAUACAGCGACUCAGAAAAUGGGAAGAAAGUUAUGGUAUUGCUGAGAGAAUCAAUGGAGUUGUUGGGAACUGUUUGUAUUGGGGAUUUCAUUCCGUGGCUUAGUUGGGUAAGUCGUGUUAAUGGUUUCGAUAAGAGACUUGAUAGGGUUGCGAAGGAGUUGGAUGAAUUUCUGGAGGGCGUGAUUCAGGAGCACGUUGAGACUCCAAAGAGGCAGCAGGGCCAAAAUGGAGAGAGCUUUGUUGAUGUUUUGCUUGAUAUUCACAAUGAUAAGGCUGCUGAAAUUUCCAUUGACAGAGAGAGCAUUAAGUCAUUACUUGUGGAUAUACUUGGAGCUGGGACCGAUACCUUGACCACACUUCUAAUAUGGGCGAUGGCUGAACUUCUCCGACACCCUUUAGUGAUGGAACAGUUACAAAACGAAGUAAGGGAAGUUGUGAAAGACAAACAAGAUAUGUCAGAUAAUGAGUUGGAAAAAAUGCAUUAUCUAAAGGCUGUGAUAAAAGAAACAUUCCGUUGUCACCCUCCUGUCCCAUUAUUAAUACCUAGAAUAGCAAGCAGCGAUGUGAAAAUAAAAGGAUACGACAUUCCGGCAGGAACAAUGCUGUUAACUAAUGCUUGGGCUAUAGGCAAAGACCCUGCAUCUUGGGAUGAACCAGACAAGUUCGAGCCGGGGAGAUUCUUGAAUUCUUCCAUAGACUACAAGGGCCUCGAUUUUGAGUUGAUCCCGUUUGGGGCGGGGAGACGGGGCUGCCCGGGGAUCGCCUUUUCUGCUGCUACCGUUGAGUUUGUGUUAGCAAAUCUUGUGUGGAAGUUUAACUGGGAAUUGCCUGAUGGAAGGAAGGAUGUGGACAUGACUGAAACUCCUGCAGCUACACUCCACAAAGCUCUUCCUCUUCUUGCACUUGCUAAUCAAUACUCAUGAUUUGGAACUCUUAAUUUCUCAACAUUCGAGUUGCACGCGACUAUGAUGUCCCCUAAAAUAAAAAGCAAUACUUGCUACUUCUCAACUUUAUUAUUAUUAUUAUUAUUAUUAUUAUUAUUAUUAUUAUUAUUA